GUAAAACAUUUGUCUUGUAGUGAAAAAAAAAAAAAAAAAAAAAAAAACUCAAAAACCAAGUUCCCAAACACCCCCAAACUAUGCUAUUGAGGGCUAUAUUGCCAUUGCAGGAGCUGCUGUUCAGUGGCUCAGAGACGGUCUUGGGUUAAUUAGAACUGCUAGUGAGAUUGGGGACUUGGCUAUGCAGGUUGACUCCACUGGUGGAGUUUAUUUUCUGCUAGCAUUUGAUGGAUUAUUUACCCCAUGGUGGCGUGAUGAUGCUUGUGGAGUUUGUAUUGGGAUUACGAGGUUUAUGAACAGGUUUCAUAUUGCUCGAGCUGUGCGCGAGAGUAUGUGUUUCCAGGCAGACUUGUUGGGUAACCCAGUGGUAAGACCAGCUGACAUAGAGACAACAGCUCUUGGAGCAGCCUAUGCUGCUGGGUUAGCUAUUGGGGUUUGGACAGGAGGAAAUUUUUUCUUCUGGGGAAAAGAAGGAAAAAAGCUACCAUUUUCAGUCCAACAUUAGAAGAAGAACUGGGGCAGAUAAAGGUGGAGUCUUGGUGCAAGGCUGUUUCAGGAUCUUUUGACUUGGCCGAUCUAUCCUUGUGACGGGCUCUUCUUCAUUAUGUUAUCUUACUCGCCUUUUCAUUUUAUCAUUUUCCCCUUAUGGUUUACUUUCUAUAAUGCUUAUGUAGGUGUGUAUGCUAGAAACCUUACUUUGAUUUUAGUGGUGAAGUUUAUAUCAUAAUAAAAUGUUGAUUUGGGAGUAUCGCCACCAUUACAUCAUCCUAUGAUUGUAAAAUAGUCGUGUAAACUUAUCUUUAUUU